GGUCCCAGCGGACAGCGCCGCGUGCGGCCCAAGCAAAGCGAGGCGGAACCCGCCGAAGAGCCCUCGUCGUCGGUGGGGGUGGGUCCACGCACGCAGGCGGUGGUGCCCAUGGCGUCGUGGCUGCUGCUCCCCCUCCCCUCCUUCCCCUGGCUUCCCCCUCCGCCACCGCCCGGAUCCUCCUCCGGCGGCCGCGGCGGAGGGGGCGGGGGCGGAGACGGCGGCGACUGGAGGCCCAACGUCGUCGCGGCCUUCGCCGGCGCGCAGGUCGGCAGCGCCCUCCGCCGCCGCUUCGCGGGCCUCCUCCGCUCGCCGGAGGUGCGACAUCUUGAAGCCUUGCCGAACAUGGGUGACAUUUGUUUUGGGGGAUCACACUCAUUUGCAACACACCCAAUUCUUGGCGCGUUGGGGAAUGUGUUCCCUGCGUCAUAUGUUUGCAGCUUCACUCUAUUCAAUGGGAAUGGGUCAGGUGGGACAUACAUCGGCAAAGGAAAGGUGCUGUCUAGACGACCUCGCAGAAUUGAUUCGAAGAAGAGGCUGUGGACUAAUGUUCUUCUUGCUAUUAAUGUCCUGGCUUAUAUCGCUCAGGUAGCAUCACAAGGAAAGCUUCUUAUGUGGGGAGCCAAGAUCAACAGUCUGAUUGAUAGAGGACAAUUUUGGCGUUUGGCAACAUCAUCUCUCCUUCACGCAAAUGUCACUCACCUUGCUUUCAAUUGUUUCUCUUUAAACUCAAUUGGGCCCAUGGUGGAAAUGCUAAGUGGUCCUAGAAGAUUUAUUGCUGUUUAUAUCAGUUCAGCGCUGGCAGGUUCACUGAUGAGUUAUCGCUGUUGUGAGUCACCUGCUGUUGGUGCGUCAGGUGCCAUUUUUGGAUUGGUUGGCGCCCAUGCAGUUUAUAUGUGGAGGCAUAGAAGUUAUUUUGGCAAUGCAAGGGAAAGUUUAGAGCAUAUCGGGCGUGUGGUUGUCUUGAAUAUGGGUAUGGGCCUCCUUUCAAGGGGAAUUGAUAACUGGGGUCAUCUGGGAGGCUUGCUAGGGGGAGUUGCUGUGGCAUGGUUCCUAGGUCCGGCAUGGCAAUAUCAGUAUGUGGGAAAGGAUGGCAGAGUGGUUUUCAAAGACAGGGCUCCAGUCCUCCGGCUAAUAAAGGGGUAGGCUUAGGCUUCUGUUAUUUUGUAUUUGGGGAGAAACAUAGGGAAGAGAAAAGUAAAAGAGGGUGAAGAUUCAUUCAACGCACCAAGAAGAGCUAAUUCCUUAGGAAACAUACAAGGAGCCUGUUGCCCGUGUUCGGAUCAUUAGAUUGUCAAUAUUCAAUGCUGUGGCAGGUUAUGGUUAAUCAAUCGCAUAACAUUUUAUUAGGUGUUAGUGUUACCAGCGGCUGACAAACACACAUUGUUCUUUCUGUUCCUGCCUAUGAUUCUCGAUGUAAGUUCUGCCUAUGAUUCUCUUGAGGUCACUAGGUUCUUUCUGUUCCUGUACUACAAGAAAUGGUCAAACCUGUAAAAUUGUUCUCAGUGAUCCACUAACAUACUCCCUCCGUUUCUGUUUA